AUGGUCAAGUCCUAUCUCAACCACAGCACUGGGUUCCAGGACCUUGUUGCUGGAAAGGGUGAUGGUUUGGUUGUUCUGCUUCAUGGGCCCCCGGGCGUGGGCAAAACCUUGACUGCAGCGUACAAAGAGUGCGUCGCAGAAUCAUUCAAGAAGCCACUUUAUAUGGUAACUGCCGGCGAUCUCGGAACAGAUCCUGAGACACUCGAGUCGAAGUUGUCAAAGAUCUUCGAUUAUGCUGUGGCAUGGGAUGCCAUACUGCUGCUAGAUGAAGCAGACAUAUUUCUGCAAGACCGAGAUUACGACAACCUGCAAAGGAAUGCAUUGGUAUCAAUCUUUCUCCGAACGCUGGAAUACUUCAACGGCAUCAUGUUCCUCACCAGCAACCGCGUCGGUGCGUUUGACCAAGCAUUCCAGUCCAGGAUUCACAUCACAAUUGGCAUGCCUGAGUUUGAUGAAGCUCUUCGGAAGGAAGUCUGGAAGAUCUUCAUCAAAGAUCUCGGCCGCAACCGUCGUGAUGGCUCGCCGGCCCUGUUGUCACAUGAUGAGUGCCGUGCGUUAGGGAGCGAGGUUGUAACUUCUUGGGCUUCGCAACCUCUCAACGGCCGCCAAAUCCGCAACUGUGUCAGGAGCGCUUUGGCACUGGCAGAAAACAAAGGACUCAAGCCGAACGCAUCCCAUUUCAACAAUGUUAUCAAGCUUGGGAAUGCAUUCACCCAGUACAUGAACAAGUUGCAAAAGGCCGAGGCUGAGGAGAUAGCUCAAAUCAAGGGCGACCGACUCGCAGCAAUGAAGGAUCUAAUGGCUCAAGAUAAUGCCAUGUAG